AAAAUCAGAAGUACACCAAUAAAAUGAAAAUCUCAGAGAAUGCAUUAACUACUCCACUGAAGCCAUCAGAAUGGAUUUUAGUUGUUGCUUUUGGGUUGAUAUUUUUAACAGGUGUUGUUGGAAACGCAUUUGUUAUAUACGUAUUUGGUUACAAAAGAAAGUCAAAACCUCGGGUAACGGCUGAUUGGCUAAUUCUAUAUUUAGGCUUUGCUGACUUUUUAUCAUCUUGUUUAAAUCCACCAUUGUAUAUGUAUUAUACAUUUACUCGAUAUCAAGUUUGGCACUUUGGCAUACAUAGUUGCAAGAUUCUACCUGCCUUAGGUUCAAUAAUGUCUUCAAUAUCAAUUGUAGUGCUGUUAAUUUUUGCAAUUGAUCGGUACCUAGCAAUAAUAUCUCCCUUAAUGGGUUCUACUUUAUCUUGGAAAACUAUAACAACAGCCUUUACAGGGGGUAUAGUUUUGUCAAUAUGCAUGCAUUUAAAUUAUAUUUUAUCGUUAGAGGUAAUUCCAAACAAUGAUUACAUUACUUGUCAAGUAUCCAAUGUUAAAAACUAUUCUUAUGCAAUACCCACCUGUUUAACGAUUUUUUUUCGUUUUGUGUUUUGUGUUUUAAUUUUUAGCUUUACAACUGUACAAAUCAUGCUAACUCUUAAAAGGUGUCGAGAAAAGUCGUUUUCAAGUGAGCAACGACAAAGAUUUCAUAAGAAGUCUAAAAAAACUUUGUAUGUUUUGCUGUUAAUGAAUUUAGUUUUCUUUUUUCUUGUUUUUCCUAAAGAGGUUCUUGUUUUAAUUCAUACGUUGUCUUGGAUUGUUAAAAAAGAAGGUAUUUAUCGGUCGCCGAUGCUGCUUGAGUUGAAUGCAUGGUUAAAACUUCUUCACACAGCAAACAGCUGCGCAAAUGUAUUUAUUUACUCACAAAUGCACAACAUCUAUCGCAAAGAAAUCACGCAACUUUUCUUAAAAUUUUUUUGUCACGACACAUUACUGAAGCUAUCUAGACAAAAAUGUUUUAUUAAGCAAAGUAUUUAUGAGCUAUCGCAUAACUCUCUCAGUCUCCAGUUACAACAAUUUCGAGAAAGUAAAGUAAGAAAGUCUUCAAUGAAAGUUUUUUUCGUUUCAAAAAAAGUUGAAAACUAUGUUAGUUUUUCAAAAUAGCUUAAAUUAUGGUCUCUUUGUUAUAU